UUACCAAACCCUCAUUCCCUUUCAGCUUUCCAUACCAACUGCUGACCACCGCUGACCACCGCUGAAUCGACGCUUGUUGGGCGUGUAAUGAAUUUGUGAACGAAUGUCGAUGACUGGGACCGUUGCUGGCAGAGACAAGGAGUGAACAAUUAGGGAAGCCAUUAGGUUGGCAACAAUGUGUUUCAACCUCAACUGGCGCUGGUUUGAGUGCCCUUUUCGAUCUUCUUCCCCCCAAUCAUCACCUGCAGUACAACCGCAAACCACAGCAACAGAGGAACAAUCAACAGGAAAUCUUCAAGUUCCCGCAACGAUGGCUUCUACCGGUGGCCGAGUGCAGGAUCCUUGGGACGCAGAAUUCAUUGCCCUGCGCAACUGGGCACAAGGGGAUGACGGGGUUACACUCACCAGAUCGCCACAGCUCGGAGCUGAACGCUAUCGCGUCAAACUGACCGUCAACGCAAACCAUAACAAUGACAUCGAAGAGAGACUUAUUCCUAUUAUCCACGGGAGCGACGCUGUCAGGGAGAUGGAUCUCGAGCUGCUAUCUGGCUGGUGGCACUGGCCUGAGUUCACAAUACUUGGAAACGGGCGUGGCCACAAACUGAAGACCUGCUAUUUGCGAUUCUUUGGCGACUAUAAGUGCAGUACUGGCCUGGUGGCUCAUCAGUACAUCUUCCAGUUCUGGACACUGGAGUCUCUCACUAUCGAGAACCACCCCGAGAUGGUGGAGGACUUUGAGCCGUUGGACUUUGAGUUGUCCAAGGUCGGCCGCCCAAUCACCCAAGGGGCUAGCAAGUUGAAAACCCUCCGUGUAUCGGGUGUAGAUAUAAUGACACUGAUGCCUGCUCUCGCUUUCUCCUGGCGGUGCCUGGAGACACUGCAACUGGAGUUCACCGCUCCAGGUGCGAACGCCCUGAUCAGAAGCUACAUGCAACGUGGCACGGCCGAGCUGCUCGACGAGGCCUUCAAAGUGCUCUUUGACAAGCUGCGCCACCUAACCUUUUACCACCAUUAUCUGAACGAGUACCGUUGGGGAAAAUUUAAGGCUCUUGAGACGCUGCGCGUCCAUCAGGACCAUAUAUUUCCGACCUACCGCCCGGUUUCGAUUGCGCCGCAGAACACACUGCUCCCUUCGAGCCUUCGCCACCUUACGAUUCACGGCUGCCAGUUCGCCGAGAAAAAGCAGGGCGAUGCCAGCAGCCUGGAAGAGUUGCUCCUUUUCCUGGCAGAGGAACUGUUAUAUGAUAACUCGGUUUCCCUGGAGAAGAUUACGCUGGUCCUCGCAGGCGAUUCGCUGCCGGUUCCUGGGGCAGUUGUGGAGGCGCUCAAGGGAUCGCGGAUCCAAGUGGUCAUUGUCCCGGCCGGGACCGAACCCGGUGCUUUCUGAGCGAGUGCGAUUCCAGACAGAGCCCAAUUGAACUCGAAGAAAGGAAGGAUGCCCGUAGGCUCUACAUCCUGAAAAGAGACUUGGUGAGUCGGUACAAGGAAAGGCUACCCGUAGUGAUCAGCGCUAUGGCAAUCAAGCGAAUUACAAGGAGGGAGCAAUUGUUGAUGGGCCACACCACGUUGUCGGAGAUCGGCCAGCUGAUUGAGUAUCGACGAGCGGAAGUCUCUACUGGGCACCAAGCACGGCUUUGACAACUCGUUCUAAAACGAGAACAAAGUCGACAUGGCUGGUGGACAGUGGAGGCCGGGUGAAUACGAGGAGGUGCCGAACGACGAAUAGGACUUACGCCAACAAGGCCUGGAAAAGGUUCCCGCGUGUUAUCACGACUUCCUGGGUGUGUUUAGCAAUGCCUUAGGUACUAGUAGUCGGACGCAAUGCCACCAUAUCGUCAGCACGUCGACCAUAAGAUCGAGCUCCGGCCAGAGGCACAGCCGGG